AUGUCGCAACGUGGCCCCGCAAGCUAUGGCUUCCAAUCCGGACCUCCCUCGUACGGAGCCGCUCCCAGCCAGGAGCCCGCUGGAAGCUUCCUCGACCAGCUCCGGCCAUACACGAGCAAGGUGGAGGACUUCCUCGACACAGUUAGCGAGCCCGUGAAGCCUUACCUUCCUGCCAUUGGUCGCUUCUUGAUUGUCGUGACCUUCCUCGAGGAUACUCUCCGUAUCAUCACCCAAUGGACUGACCAGCUCACCUACCUUAACGAAUACCGGCACAUUCCCUCUGGAAUUACACAUCUCUUCCUUAUUGGAAACAUGACCGUCAUGGCCUCCUGCUCCAUUCUCGUCAUCAUCAAGAAGCACUCCGAUUAUGCCGUGGCCGGUUUGAUGGGCGUCGUCGUCACCCAGGCCCUUGGAUACGGUCUCAUCUUCGACUUGAACUUCUUCCUCCGAAACCUUUCAGUCAUUGGUGGUCUCCUGAUGGUCCUGUCUGACUCGUGGGUGCGCAAGACCAAGGCUUUCGCCGGUCUCCCCUCGAUCGAUGAGAAGGACAGGAAGAUGUACUUCCAGCUCGCUGGACGUGUCCUCCUCAUCUUCCUCUUCGUCGGUUUCGUCUUCAGCGGCCAGUGGACUAUCGGCCGUGUCCUGGUCUCCAUCAUUGGUGCUGGUGCCUGCAUCAUGGUCGUUGUUGGUUUCAAGGCCAAGUUCAGCGCCACUCUUCUCGUUGUCAUCCUCAGCAUCUUCAACUUGCUGGUCAACAACUUCUGGACUCUCCACGAGAAGCACCCCCACAAGGAUUUCGCCAAGUACGAUUUCUUCCAGGUUCUCUCCAUUGUUGGUGGCCUUCUCCUGCUGGUCAACAGCGGCCCUGGCCAGUUCAGCAUUGACGAGAAGAAGAAGGUCUACUAA